UCAUGUAAUUGGGACACCAUAAGUUUAUUUAAAAGGGUUCGUCAAUCAGGAAAGACGUAUUUUCUCGCAACCUGAAACAGGGCUUUUCUUAAGCACGGACGUAUUAACAUUGUUAAUUAAUUGUUUGUAUACUUUGUUUUGUAGUACUUGAUAUAAACAAGAUGUCUGUGAUUCUAUCGGCAUGUCGUCAUACCAAGCAAAAGGCCAUUGCCAGAGCAUUGAAGAAAAAGGCAGAGAAAAUGCAACGCAAACGACUUUUGAGACAGAGAAAGGAGGCGGAGCUACAGGAACUUGAGGCAAGUGUCCUUGACUCCUUCAGCAAACUGUGGUCCUUCGAGAUCGAAGGCGAGUACUACCAGAUUGUCCUCUAUCUCGCCCACGAUAAGGACACUGUUGAUAUCUUCUGCAAUGAGGACGAGGUCAUUGGAGUUAUCACUAACUGCACAGACGAAGGAGGGGCGACGUUUGACUUCGUUAUCGGCAACUCAUACAAGGCACGGAUAAGCUGCUGUCGCCUGCCAGGACGAGGUCUCGACUACAACCUCACGAUUGACGGUUAUAGGGUACCAGCGGUCGAGUAACGACGAGGCUAUGUGAAGAUUUGAAACUAUUUCUAUUUUCUGCAAUGCAAAUACCAUGUUGUUAUGGUGUUAUUAUAACUGGCGCACGGUAUUUUGAACGGUGUAAUGCUUAUACAAAUACUUGAACAUAAUGUUUAUAUUAACAAGGAGUGUUAAGGAAGCUAAUCUGGUCUGAUGCGGUAAAUUCAUAAUUUCUUAUAAUUUGUUUAAAAAAAACAGAAUCAAUUUGCUAUCAACCCUUUUUAAAGCUAUCAAAAUAUCGUGCGCAAAUUAUAUAUAUAUAUAUAUAUACACGUUCUUGUUUGUUUCUGAUAUGAAAAUAUGGUUAUGAAGAAGUCGUUACUUAAAAACUGUUCGUACUGUUUUCGUUGCAACGCCAUUUUAUUUUUGGUAUGUUAAAUUUUGAUUGAUACAAUUAUUUUGAAAAUUUCGAGGAUGUUGACAAAUAUUUAUAUAUUUGGGUUUGUUAAGAACUACCUUUUAAUUACAUUAUUUGUAUUUUUUGUUUAAUGUGUAUGUAUUUAACCCAUUUACUAUUUAAACAAUGACUGGUAAGAACGGACAUUUGUCAUGACUUGUAUUUUUUUUUCAAAAAUGCUAACGACGGUCGAAAAUUGUUUAUAAAUUUGUGAGCAUUGGACAACAUUUUGCCAAAUUGGUUUCAUCGUUUUUCAUGGUAAUUCGAGUGUCAGUUGAAAAUUUGGCAAUGCAAUAGCAUACAUAUUACGAUAACGUCUUUUCUUGAAUAUCGGGUAAUGCUAGUAAUGACUGAAAAUAGUUUGUUAAUAUGGUAAUGCAAUAACGAGCAAAGAACUACAAUUUGUUAUGACUUGUUUUGUUUGACUUAUGGGAAAUGAAAGUGUUGAUUGUUUGAAAAAGAGAUUUGGUAAUGCAAAAAAUAACGAAACUUUAGUAGUUGUUGUUCUUUUUAUCUCUUUUUGAUGAUGGAUUGUUCAAGUUAUUUGAGUGAUAGGUAAAAUGUUUUUUAUUAGAAUUGUUAGCAUUCCUGUGUUUAGCGAAAAGGUAUCUUGUGAUAUAAAUUUUGAUUUGUUUGUUAUUUAUUAUUUAAGUUAAAUCGUGUGUUUAAUUGUUUUGUGAUAGUUUAAUUGUUGUACUUUAUUAUAUGUAAGCAAAAGUGUAUCCUCGUGCGAUGGUAUUUUUUAUGAACAAUGCACAUUUAGUUCAUGCUGGUUUAAUUAAUUCAUAAGGUUGACAGAGUUCAGUUAGUUUUAUUUUAUUAGAUAAAUAACAAAUGUUGGGUAUGUUUAGAAAACUAUUGAAGGCCAAACAAGUUUUGAGCAGUUUUAGAGUGAAACAUAAUUAUUCAACAGUCAUUGAGUUCAUUAUCGGGUACUAAAUUAUUCAUUCCGAUUUAAUAUAUCGGAAAUGCUUAACUGACAUUCUAUACUAUGUGGAAAAAGAUCCAUCGAUUUUGACAAGAUGAUUUUAUUUUCUAAUGACAUAUCUGUUACCUUAUUGAUUUGAGCUUUUGCUCUUCUUAUUUUGAAUAGAACUACUUUAUUAGCAUGCGGUGUCAAAGCAUUUGUGAAUAAAGAGCGUUCCCAGGCCAUGAGAAGAGAGGACUUAACAAACAAAAUGUAUUGAAAGCUCAGGAAAUUCCUUACCGCCCUGUAUUGAUCAAGGUUACUGAUCGGAUUUUUAUUAGCAAGUCUUAUUUGUUACAAUAUAUGUUAAAAUAUUUAUAAGGUAUUUACAAUUUGGCUACGCCUUGACCUUUCUUUGUAUUCUUUUGGCGUAUCUGAAAUCAGCUUUUUACACGUGUACAAAGAAGUCCUGAACCAAACUAAUGUUUUCGCGAAAAUCGAUCUAGCUUCGCUGAUUAAAUAUUUGUUUUGAAUUCAAUCUUUUGUAUGCGUUGUUUCAUGUUUGAAAGCUUCAACCGAGAAUUGAACUGAACUAUACAUUUGUUAUGCAUUAUUUACAUAACUUUAACUUAACAUGUAUAUUUUGUUCUAAUUUAUAUUAUGAUUUUGAGCGAAAAAUACGUGUUGUGAGAAAAAAAUACAUACCAUAUAAACAAUUUGAACAUGCCAAUAUGAAAAUUGACGUUUGGGGAGACGCCCACAUAAGUGAAAAAAAGGCUAUUGAAAUUGAAGACAAUGUGUGUUUUCGUCUGUCGGACACAGAAAAUACUACUUAUUUGGCACCAAAAACAACCAAUACAUUUCCGUUCACAGGGUUGUGUACGGCCAAUAUUUUUUAUUUAACGAAGAUAAAACAUAAGUGGAAUUUUUGUUCGGAACAGAGCGCUCGGAAAAAUAGAUUCAACUUUUUUAUCUUGUUUAAAAAUAAUGUUUUACCUGUGCGAAUGAUGAAUUAAUUUAGUUGAUGAAAAACGUUGUUUGUUACACAUUGAUAAAUACUAAAAUCAUAAAACAAAUCUAAGAAUACGUUUCAAUUGUUAGUUUCAAAGCAUACAUUUUACUGCUUAUCAAAAAUUUAACCAAGCUUUCAAUCACAAAACUUUCAAAUUUACUUCUCUAUUGAAAAAUGAAUGUACUGAUGUUUUGCAAUACUUAUUUUAUGAAAUACUGCUUGCACUUUGUAUAUAUUAAUAGUGUAUAUUUUUAACGUUUUACACAAAAUCAAAGAGCGCACUAACCGAGGCAUUCUAUUUUUGUAGAACGUUAAAUUCUUUUGACAUGUAUCGUGUUUGGUGAAUGCAAUUAUUCGAAGACCAAUGAAAAUCGAGUUUUUAUUCAAACUUUUUUGCCACAGCACGCUUUCGGGAAACGGACUUCUUGACGUAACGAACGUUUCGCAGAAGGUUCGAAUAUCACCAUAACUACCAACUUUUGUCCGUUGCAUUAACUGAUGAGAUCAUAUAAUCGUUGUCAGUUAAUUGGUUCAACAAACAAGUCAGCGACCAGCGUUCUAUGGAAUGUAAGCAGGCGAAAUGUUGAAUUAUAAUCUUUUCGCAUUGGUAUUCCAAUAAAAGCAUACACUUAUAUAGCAAUAAGCUAUGUUGUUAUUCAUACACUAUUAUUCUUGAGGACUGUAUUCUGUUUGCAAUCGUAUGAUAUAACACCACUGCAGUUUUUGUCGCAUGCUUUCCAAAUAGGUUGAAAUAGUUAAUACUUUUAAAAUAGAGGUAUCUGCAAGCAAGCAUAUAAAUCUACAAAUCGGAGCUCCUCGGUAUUUUCCAUCGAAAACAACCGUUACAACUGAGUUCCUAUUGACAACUCUACAUUAUAUCACUAGGUAUCCAAUAUAAGUUACAUAUUAUGUACACGUAUUCUUCAAGUGAUACUUGACAAUAGUGAUUAUUAAUAACACAUAAAUUGAUGAGUAUUGUAAGUAAUAAUACAGACAAAAGUGCCUUGUAUACUGGCUUAUUUAAUUUAUGUUACAUAUUGAAUACAAUAAUAAACACAA